AUGUUAAGUCUUCCAGAGUCCGAAAGAGCGACUAUAACACAGACUGACCUUGAAUCCAGUCAGAAGCGUUUUUCGCCAGAGAAGGUUUUAGGUAUACAGUGGUGCAUCGAAUCAGAUACCUUUUGUUUUAAGUUGACAUUAAAAGAUCACCCCUUGACUCGUCGUGGGAUUCUAGCAACAGUUGCCUCAAUUUACGAUCCCUUAGGUCUUAUUUCGCCCUUAGUCUUAGUUGGGAAGAUGAUACUCCAAAGAAUGUGCCAGGACAGAACAGAUUGGGAUGACCCAUUGCCAGAUGAUCUUCGUCUAGAUUGGGAACGCUGGAAAGCCGAGCUGUUGAAACUGAGUGAGAUCAAAAUUCCGCGAUGCUUCAUUCCAGAUGGUUUGGGUCAAGCAGUCUCAGUACAACUUCACCACUUCUCUGACGCGUCACUUUCUGGUUAUGGACAAUGUUCAUAUGUGCGUAUGAAGAAUACAGAUGAAAGGGUACACUGUGCCUUAGUCAUGGCAAAGGCCAGAGUUGCCCCAUUGAAGCCUGUAACUAUACCUAGACUGGAACUACAAGCUGCAACAAUUUCAGCAAAGGUUUCUAAGGUUCUCGAGACAGAAAUGGGCUAUAAAGACAUGUCACAUAAUUUUUGGACGAAUUCCAAGGUAGUCUUGGGAUAUAUAAAGAAUGAUACAAAGAGACUCAAGAUGUUCGUCGCGAACAGGGUUCAACGAAUUAGAGAAGUUUCCCAGCCAGCACAGUGGAAAUAUGUUCCAACCACUGAUAACCCUGCAGAUCAUGCCACACGUGGUCUAACAGCUGAUGAAAUCGCCAAAUCCAACUGGCUUACAGGCCCUAAGUUUUUGUGGGAAACGGAGGCUUCACCUCAGACUGCAGACAUUGACUUGGAAAUCCCACCAGAUGAUGUAGAGGUCAAACCAACAGUUGUACAUAUUGUACAGAGAAUGAAGUUCACUAGCUUCACAGAGAGGAUGAGCAGAUUUUCUAGCUAUUCAAAGGCAGUGACAGCAGUGGCAGUCAUUGUUGAAUGUUCACUUAAGAAACGGGGAAAGCUAUUCUCCAAAAUACAGGUUAGAAACUUAGCAGAGACAAACCUUAUCAGAGUUAUACAGCAAGAAGCAUUCAAAGACAGUAUACUGAAUCUCCAGAAGAGAUACACUUCUAGUCGUAGAGUAGAUCCUCUAAAGAACCUGGACCCCUUUCUCGAUGAGAAUGGUUUACUACGGGUGGGAGGCAGAUUGAAAAGGUCAGCCUUCUUAUAUGGAGUGAAGCAUCCAAUUUUGUUGCCAAAGAGAAACCAUUUCUCAACAUUGGUUGCAAAUCAUUAUCAUGACCGCAUAGGUCAUCAAGGUCGAGGCAUGACUAUCAACGAGAUUCGGAAUCAUGGAUACUGGAUUGUUGGGUGUCGUUCGACAGUGUCGUCCCUGAUCCAAAACUGUGUUACGUGCAAAAAACUGAGAGGAAUAAGAGUGACACAAAAAAUGGCAAACCUCCCAGAAGACAGGACAGAACCCUCUCCACCAUUUACCCACUGUGGACUGGACUGUUUUGGACUGUUUAUGAUCAAAGAAGGACAAAAGGAGCUGAAGAGGUAUGGGUUAAUCUUCACGUGUCUCGCAUCAAGAGCUGUUCAUAUUAAGGUCUUAGAUGAUAUGUCUACGGAUUCGUUCAUCAAUGCAUUGAGAUGCCUUAAUGCCAUUCGAGGAAAGGUCCUCAUGAUUCGCUGUGACCAAGGAACCAACUUUGUUGGUGCGAGUCAUGAACUGAAGGAGAAUCUUAACAAGUUAAACAUUGAUAGUAUCGCAAGAAAACUUCUCCCCCAAAAUUGUGAGUUUAUAUUUAACACUCCUUCAUCAAGCCACAUGGGCGGAGUAUGGGAGAGGCAGAUCCGGACUAUCAGAAGUGUCUUAGAUGGAAUCCUGAUCCAGAAUGGAGCCCAGCUGAACACAUCAGCUUUGCGUACAUUCCUGUAUGAGACAAUGGCCAUAAUCAACAGCAGACCACUGACGGUGGAUGAUUUGGAAGACCCUAAUGGACUCCUUCCUCUAUCGCCAAACAAUAUUCUCACAAUGAAGUCUGGAAUUGUCACCCCUCCACCUCCUGGAGAUUUUGUGAGGGAAGGUAUAUAUGCGAGAAAGAGGUGGCGCAGAGUCCAAUAUCUGGCUAAUCUGUUCUGGACAAGGUGGGAAAAAGAAUAUUUGUACAAUCUUCAGUCAAGGAAAACCUGGCAAGGUACCAAAGAAAAUACCAGGGUUGGUGAUAUAGUUAUGCUAAAGGACGAGAACAUCUUUCGCUCUGAUUGGAGAUUAGCUAAAGUGGUAGAGACCUAUCCCUCUAGUGAUGGUCUUGUGAGAAAGGUAAAGCUACUAAUGGCCACUCCGAACUUAGAUAAAACAG